UAAUUGACUCGGACCCAAAAGUAUUUUGUGAAUCUAUUGAAUUUCUUUGGGUGUGUGUGCAGUGGCUGAAAAUGACAGGAAGAGGAAAAGGUGGUAAAGGUCUUGGAAAAGGAGGAGCCAAACGUCAUCGUAAAGUUCUUCGUGAUAACAUUCAAGGUAUUACAAAGCCUGCUAUAAGACGUCUGGCACGACGUGGUGGUGUAAAGCGUAUUUCGGGCCUCAUUUAUGAAGAGACGAGGAAUGUGUUGAGAGUUUUCUUGGAAAGUGUCAUUCGUGACGCAGUUACUUAUACCGAGCAUGCCCGUAGAAAGACAGUCACUGCUAUGGAUGUUGUCUAUGCCUUGAAGCGCCAAGGUCGUACACUAUACGGUUUUGGUGGUUAAGGUAGUGAAUCGCCAACUGGGUGUUUUUCAACACCACUUAUCACGGAAACUUGUUAGUUAUUGUUUCUUAGAAUCCCUCUUCGUUAUUAGUCUUUGUUACUUGAUGAACGGUUUGCAAAUAAAUUGACAAACUCUCUUUUCUAUUCGAGACCUGUGCGCUAA